AAAGAACUUGUCGAUGGCCAGAUCAAACGAUUGCCAGAUGAAGACAUACAAUCUAAUGUUCUCGAAAUUGUUGGGUCAAAUCCAGCGGAUCCAAACGCAACACUUGGCAUAAAGCUACCAUUCUUAGUCAUGAUUGUGAAAAAUAUGAAGAAGUACUUCACAUUUGAAAUUCAGGUGCUGGAUGAUAAGAAUGUCCGCCGAAGAUUUCGAGCUUCUAAUUUUCAAGCUGUUACAAGAGUCAAACCUUUUAUCUGCACCAUGCCCUUGAAACUGGAUGAGGGAUGGAAUCAAAUCCAGCUGAAUCUUACUGAUUUGACUAGACACGCAUAUGGAACCAACUACGUCGAGGCACUGCGAGUUCAGGUUCAUCCAAAUAGCCGUCUAAGGAGGAUAUAUUUCUCUGACCGCCUUUAUUCAGGGGAGGAACUCCCACCAGAAUUCAAGUUGUACCUUCCUAUUCAGCGGAAAAUAUGAGGAAUCUGGGAGAAAUUCAAUGGAUGACAAGAACCAAAAUGAUCGGCCCAGUUCCUGGUUCUAGUGACUCUUUCGGCGAAGUUAACUAAAUAUCUGUAAUCGAUGUACUUGGCUUAUUGCAUAAUCUCAUAGAAAACUUCUAAUGGACCUGGUUGAAACCAAUUUUUGCUCGUUUUUGGAGUUCAGCGACCGUAAAUUCUGGCUAUAUGUCAACUGGUCCAUAGCAUAGACACUGGAGAGCACAAUGCACCCAAGUUUUGAGCUGAAAAUAUAUAUCUGUUCUCCGUGUUGGACGGAAGAGGCGGAGCGGAGCAACUGUUGAUUUCAAGUUAAAGAGGAAUGAAUGAAAACCACAACUAUUAUGGCAACGAAAUAAGAACUCAAACCCAGUAAAAAACAGAGGUCUUUCUCAUUGUAAAUACAUACCCUAUUUCACACAUUAUCAGACAGGUGGAAUAAUAUAACGAUCGAUUUUCUGUCAACUAUCUCUAGCACCAGAGCCAGCUAUCUACGAGCACCUCGAAGAGGAACAGAAACCUCACCGAGGUAAGGGCAGAUUUGCUUCCUGAAGGGGAGAGCCCAAACUGUUCAGAUUCACUUUUUGUUUUGUUUUCUUCACAUACAGUAUUACAGCAAACUGGAGGAAUAUCAGGGAAGAAGAACUGAAGGAAGCUUCUGGAAAAUGGAGGGAAAUCUUAUUCAAAAGAAAAUGAGUUACAUCAGCCGUAUAUAUAGAGCUUGUGUGAACUAAUUAGAUAGCACAUUGACAGCUGUACAAUAGCCUAACUGAUUUACAAACUAGUUAUGAAACUAAUCAGCUAACUAAUAUUUUGAUACUCCCCCGUCAAGUUGGACUAAGGAGAUUGAUAAUAGCCAUCUUGGAGAGUAGAGGAAAGAAAAGAGAAGCUGGCAAAGCUUUAGUCAACAGAUCUGUCAACUGGUGUUGAGAUCGAACCGGCAAUAAUUUGAUGAAAUCAUUAGCCACUUUAUCACGAACAAAAUGACAAUCAAUCUCGAUGUGUUUUGUUCGUUCAUGGAAAAUAGGAUUAUUAGCAAUGUGGAUUGCAGUCUGGUUAUCACAAAAAAUUAAGGCUGGCGACGAUGAAGAGAUCUGCAAAUCAAGAAGCAUCUGAUGUAUCCACAUUAAGUCACUAGCAGUAACUGCUAGCGCUUGAUAUUUUGCCUCUGCAGAUGAUCUGGAGACCAUUUGCUGCUUCUUAGCCUUCCAAGAAAUGAGAGUGUCCCCAAGGAAAACACAAAAGCCAGUGAUAGAUUUCCUUGAGUCAAUGCAUGAACCCUAAUCUGCAUCAGCAAAAGCAUGUAGCUGCAAAGAAGAGGAAGCUGAAAAGAGCAAACCUUGACCUGGAGCUGACUUAAGAAACCGUGAGCUGCAUCAAGAUGUGGUUGACGAGGUUUGGAAAGAAAUUGACUAAGUUUGUGGACUGCAAAAGUGAUGUCUGGACGAGAAAUAGUUAAGUAGAGUAAACGGCCAACAAGUCUUCGGUAUGAUGAAGGAUCAUCAUGAAUCAGAUGAUCUUUGAAUCGAAACGAUCAAUGAAUCAGAAUAUCUCCAGUUCAACUGGUAGCUCUGAUACCAUAUUACAGCAGAAGAACUGGAGGAAUAUCAAAAAAGAAGAACUGAAGAAAGCUUCUGGAAAAUGGAGGGAAAUCUUAUUCAAAAGAAAAUGUGUUACAUCAGCCGUACAUAUAGAGUUUGUGUGAACUAAUUAGACAGCACAUUGACAGCUGUACAAUAGCCUAACUGAUUUACAAACUAAUUACGAAACUAAACAGCUAACUAAUAUUUUGAUA